UAUAGAGAGAUAGAUAUAGAUGGGUAGCGGGGAAAAACUGCGAGAUUUUAAGUUGUGGACAUAACAGUUUACUGUGAAUGUUUAGAUACAAUAGACACAGGGGUGGGCAAUAUUUGCUACAGUUUUAAGCAGAAAUACGUAUAAUAGCUGUUGUUCAUUUUAAUAUGUUGGAAUAUGUUUUCGAUGCAUCUAAUGCUAAUAGUGCGAAAAUGUGAUAUAAUACGUUGCCAUUUUGAUUGGGAUGUGCUUUACAGUAUUUUCACGAUUUACACAUAAAGUGAACAUCAUUCUACAAUAAUAAUGAGUAAUAUUCCAAGAAUUACAGUUAACAAUCUUGGCGACGAAGAGGGCAGUCAGAAAGAACGCUAUCAAAAUACACUGGAAGUUGUUCAGCCCGAGAUUGACAAGUUAAGAUUUAAUAAUGCCCAAGUUAGGGCUAGUUAUUUGUCAAAUUCAUGGAAAAGUGCACCAGACGGACAAGACAUGCAUACUUUAGAUCAAAUUGACUACGGCCUGUCAACCAGUCGCAGAAAAAGUAUGUUUGCGCAAAAUAAUGGUAGAAACAGUUUAGAGGGUUUUAACCGCAACAUCGGUGACGCAGUCGGAAGAAAAAAGAACGGUUCAACAGAACCCUCUGCUAUGAGAAAAUCAAGUGUUCUCGAAAACAUGGAAAGCGUCCGUCGACGAGUUUUUAGCCUUAAAUCGGAAAUAGAUGCAUCUGCUGCAUUUAUAGGUGUACUGACGAGGCAUGGUAGUGCCAGACCAAGAACACCCAGAAAACCGAAGGUGCCGCCACUUCUAAGAUUCAAAGGCUAUGUAAGACUGGCAUUAAUUUGUGUGCGUUUGUGUAAAUAUAGCCAUGAAAAUGUCGAGGCAUCAAAGGAUGAGUACCUAUCUAUAAUUCAAGUGUCCGAGGAUUAUGUGACAUCAACAGCUGAUCCCGACGGAAUAUUCUUUGACCCGACAUUAUUCCGAGCUAAUAAAGAGCAAAGGUUGCCUGCAGACGCCAGGAAAAUAUUACAAAAAGAUUUCAGAAUACGAACAGACAAGGAAAUUGAUUAUCUUCACCUGGUGCUCCGAUCUAUAAAAGCAUUUGCAGAGUACCCUAACACGAUGCAGAAACAAUUGUGUCGAGUUGGAUGGUAUGAAGCGUAUGAUCCAAACAGAGCGAUAGUGCGACAAGGACAACCUCCUCACGCCUUCUACUUUAUACUGUCGGGAUCAGUGGUUGUAACAUCAUUCGAUCGUAUAUCAGGAGGUACAACAUUUCUUGUGGCUCUCCAUAGAGGAAUGUCAUUCGGGGAGCUGGCUGUUAUCAACCGGAGUAGACGCCAGGCAACUGUCAGUACUGCGACCACCACAGAGUUUCUUUGUAUAUCCGCCAGCGAUUUUAUUGAGAUAUUCAUGUCUGGGGGAAUUAAGAGUCUCACGGAUUCUGACAACAACUCUUUUAUACGGUCGAUUCCCUUCUUAAAACAUUGGCCAAUAGAAUGUCUUGCGACGAAUCCACAGGCGUGUAUGUUCCACUUCUUUCCCCGAGGACAAGUUCUUGUUAGGGACAGUAACCAUUCAGACUGGAUAUAUGUAGUCAAAUCAGGUAGUUUGUCGGUCUUAAAGAAACUUGUUGAAGUUCAACCGAGAACUUCCAGACGAGACUCGGACAGCGAUUCCGAAGAUGAAGGUCGACACAGUCCACGGUCAAACAAAACUUUCGGUACCUGGGAUUUCCGUAUCAAAAAGAAGAAACGCUUGGAUAGCACAGGGGACAAGGAAGUUUUCAAAAACAAUAUAGAAAUGGAGAAGAGGCUAGACCAGACAUUACCGGGAUUUUACAAUGCCAGAGAUCGACUGGGAGUGAUAAAUUAUGAUGAAAUCAUAACCGACCAUAAGUCGAGAGUGUUGCCGUCCAACAGAAGAGCGUCUAUUCUAGAGCCAAGUCCACUUCCUAAAAUCACUCUCCAAUCUUUAGAUGCAGAGACGCCGCCCGCAGUAUCUACGACUCCUAGCAAAACUGAAGACGGCAUUGAACCAACCGAUGAUGACAAAACCAUCAAACUUCCAAAAAUAAGAAAAACAUCAAAGCAUGUGUUAUGGGGGAGCCCGGAAAUAAAAAGUUUUAGUGUUAGUCCUCCAUUAUCAAAAAAGCAUUUAUUGCAAGUCCCCUCUUCAAAAUAUCCGAAGGGUGCAUACCUGGCAUCUACAAAAAACUCAAAGCGGAAGACCAGCCGUAAAGAGGCAAUGCAAGAAGAAAUUUUCCAAAAGCAAUUAGAAUACGACAAGAAAUUACUUGAAGAUAGAAAGAUAGGUCGUAAGACGAUAACUGACGAGCUAGACAAUAAAAUGAUCAAAGAUUUUACUCUAACAGAAAAAGAUAUACGACCAAUGUUUGUUCAAGUACAAAUAUUGGAAAGAGGGCAAUAUUUUGGCUUAACAAAAAUUGUAUUCCCUGAGCAAGCGGAGAGUUUUAGCGUUGUUUCCAAUGGUGCUGAAUGUGUUAUGAUAUCUAAGAAAUUCUUCCUUGAAAAGGCAAAUGAACAUACAAUGUACCAUUUACGACAAGUCGAAACGCUAUUGCCACCAGAAGAGGAGCUUCAAACCAACUUACAAGACUUUGUAGACUGGAAAGCACAUAGAGUUCGUGUAUACAAUCGUCUAGUAAAUGAUAAACAUAAACGGACUAUAUUAAAACAACAGUAUCCUACUCAGUAUGGUGGACAAUAUUGUUUUAGAACGGGACCUACUGUAAGGAUUGAUUAGAUAGAUUACUUGACAUGUUCAUAAUGCUCAAACACUGAAUGAGUCUUAAUUUGUAUAGACAGUAAUUAUUUCCAAGUGCAUUGAACUAUUGAUUAGCGCUUUUUUGUUAACGUUUUCUGUUACAUACGUGGAGGAAAACUCCGAGUGAUAUGUACUCUUACAGGUGCAAUUUCAAACAUUGUCUCCAUACUCGCCUGUACUAGCAACACAAAUAUAAGCAGAUUUGACAGUCAAAUCUAUUUUUACAACUGUCUAUCUUAUUGACGUGUUUUAUUUAUGUAAACGUUACAUUCCCUGUACUUAUCUGUGUUCCAUGUUUGUUUAUGACUUAUAGCAACGGGGUGUAACUAAAUGUACUAGAUUAAUAACUUGCGUUUUCUUAUUUAACACCACGAUGUCUAAAUCAAUGAUCAAAGUUGUGCAGUGUUUCAAAAUAAGUAAACCGAAUAUGUAGUGGAUUAAAUUAAUAUUUGUUUUUAGAUGUAAGCAAACAAAAACAGAAAA